CAAAAUCGUUAGCACGAAAUAAGGUAUUGAAUGAAUGUUAAUUAAUUACGAUAAAUAGUAAUCAUGAUGAUGUUAUUUUAAGGUGGUGGAUCAGUUUUACUUCCCAAGGUAUAACCUUGUGGAUACACCUUCUUAUGUCUCUCUCACCUUUUCAUUAUCCUCAUCAUCUUCAUCUUCAUCUUCAUCUUCUCCAUCCUCAUCUUCUUGUUUCUUGUUUUUUCGUUACAACGAUUUCUUAGCACCUUCGAUUUUAAUCCUUCGUUCUAAUGGCGUUGGUGUGUUGUAUCCGAAUUCCAAUCAAUGUCUUUUUACCUUCUUAACUUAUCUUCUUUUCUCUCUCUCUCUCUCUCUCUCUCUCACUCAUCAUCCUUAUCUUCAGCUUCUUCUUUAGCUCUUCUAAGCCUCACACUAAUCAUCAUCAGUAAUCCUUCAGAAUGGAUCAAGUUAAUCACAAUUUAUGGUUAAUCAUUUCGUUGUGAAUGUUAAUCAUGGUUGGUCUUACUCUUUAUUCAAUAUAUUAUUUCAUCUCAUCAAUUUUAAUUGUUACCUUUCUAAUUAUUUUCCUUCAAUUGUUACACCAAUCAUUUCAAUCUGAUUAACAGCAAUCACUCAAUUCAACAAUUUAAUCAUUUAUAUAAAAGUUUAAUUUUUAUCAUUAAAAAUCAUUUUUUUUAUAAUCAACGUUUAGUUCAUUGUUUUUAAUUGUUGUUUACGUUUCUUUUUUAAUUGUUAUACAGAUUAUCGAGUUAAUUUAAUUUAUCACCUUUAACCAAACCCAUUGAUUGUGUGGAUUAAAGUGAUUAACCCUCUUGGUCAAUAUAAAAUUUAAUCAUUUGACCAACUGACCAAUCAGUAAAUCAACAAUUACAAUCGGAUUUACCAGUAAUUUAACAUCAAAUGUAUUUUUUUGGACUACGAUUAACUAAUUACUCUGUUAAUCAUAUGGAUAAAUGUAAAUCAAGAUGAGAAUCAUAAUGAAGGUCCUUCUACAAUUAGGAUUGAUUCUGUCCUUUGGAAUUGGGGAUAUUCUGAAUCAAAUCAGCCAACAACAUGUUCAAAGUCAAGUUCCAAUUCCUAUUGAUGGUUCCGGCGAAGCGGUUCCAAUACCGAUUCAAACUUCGCACGAAGAUGUGAUUUCACUUCCGCUUCGAGCUCCACCGCCACUGUUACCAUCUUUUCCAACGGAAACCAUUUCGAUCCAAAGUUCGGGAGGUUCGGUUGUAUUGACGGACGAUGAUCUCGAAAGAUUGGAAAAAGAAAGGACUCGAAAUGUUGUCCGAUUAGCGGCAACUGAUCAACUAAAUUCAGAGAUAAUUACAAAUCGAACUCGAGCUUACCUUUCUUGUGAAUCUGGUGAAAUGGUUGUCAAGAUCAACUUCAGUGUCCCAUUUAGAGGAGUCGCUUAUGCCAAUUACGAUCGUUCAUCUAACUGUAAAUUCUAUGGCGACGGAAGCCAAUAUUACGAGAUGAAAAUACCUCUUAAAGGCUGUGGAACCAAACAGGAAGCGCCUCGAUUGUUCAUCAAUAACAUAAUCUUCCGAUUCCAUCGGUCACUAGAACUCGAAGAGGACGAGAUCAAAACGAUUAUUUGUCGAUACCCACCACCAUUAGCACCACCACCCGCUGAUCCAUUACCACCAAUAGUCGAACCUGUUGCUCCAGUUCCGCUAUUGGUUCCUAAUAGAUUGUCCGAAAUCGAGCUUAUCUUAAUCAUCUGUGCUCUUCUGUUUUUAACUCUUCUUCUUCUUGGUAUCGGGUGUGGUUACUAUUGUUUGAAACGUCGAAAUAUUAAGAUCGUUCGAAAGAAGCGACACUUUACUCCCGCUCCAUCAGAGAUAACCAAAGUCUCUUCGAUCAUCGAUACCAUUCGGAUACCUCGAGUCACCGCUCCACCAACAGAAUCUAGUGAAACCGAUUAUCCCUCUGAAUCACCUUCAGAUGAUGACGGAAGACGAACCAUUGUCUCAGAAACAUCGACUCUCCGUCAAGAUCGUUAUCGAUUUGAAAAUGCUGCCUUUCUUCCCGAACCUUAUCCUCUUGAUAUCGAGCGAGGUGAUUCAAUCUCUUCAUUCCCAGUUGCAGCUAUUCAUCGACCUGAGAUUACCAAACGUGACAUAAUGACCACAAUUGUCACAACGGAAAAUUUAACCGACGAAGACGAAUACACGACUCGAUAUCGAGCCGCUCAUAGUAGAUUGUAUCAAAAACAACCGACCUACUCCGAUGCUCCUUCACUUCGAGGAAGUAUUCCAGAUGAUGACGACUGGUCUCAUUCGGAGAUCGUCGAGAGAACACCAACUAAAGCCUAUGUUGCCCCACCGGUGUUGACAACGGAAAAUCUUGAUGACACUUAUGUGGACAGAAGGGGUGAUCGAGAAGUAAUCGAAGAAAAUUCGAUAAAUCAACUAUCUGUUAUUCCCGCUCCCAAGAUUCUGGUUAAAAAUAUCGAUGAUCUUUAUGUGACCAAUAUCGAGGAAACAGUGACCACUGAAAGUAUCUUCAAGGAAUCGGGUAAUCGGACAGUCGAUAAACCCAAAGCACUAACAACCACAACAACUACCGCAACAUCAGAAUCAUUAUCUGGUCGAGUUCAAGAUAAAAGUCGAGUGACAAGUCAUAUUAACACUCGCCCAUCAAACUAUCAAGUUGAAAGAACUCGUGAACUUCUUGAUGUUUAUCAAGAUCGUGAUCGAGGUUCAAGUCAAUUUGAGGAAUCUGAACGUUACAAAAUCUCAAAUCGCUCGAUAAUCAAAGAUGAUCGAGUUGAGGGAAGUAAAUUAAAGACACGAUUCAGUGAUCAAGACACGACGAAAACAUCAUCGGGAGGAACAACGAAACAAUAUCAUGGUGAUGCUCGAACGUCCAAAAUGUCCGAAUCGUACCAACACCAACAACAAGAACACCAAGAAUCAUCAACAAUGAUCCGAUCUAAAAGUAAUGUGAUAUUAAAUAUAUUGGAUAGUCCGCCGAAAGUUGAAGGAAUUGAACAAUUAUCUUCUAACGAUCGAACCAAAUGGCGAACAACAAUAGUGACCGAUGAAGUUUUCCGAAGUUUAAUCAUCGAAUCAACUACAGUCGAGGAAUAUGUCCGAAUCUCUCGUGACAUUAGGUACGAGAAAUUGUUCAGUACCAACACAUGGGAAACCAUAAUUCGUAUUCUAACCCAUCCAAGUGUUACCAGUUUAUCGAUUGGAACGGAGGAUGAUUUUAACGCCGAAUGGUCUGAAACACUGUACAGGAUAAGACCCGAGAGACGGCCUAAAGAUAACACGGGUUCAACUCGAUCAAGUUGGACAGUUGACUACGAUUUAAGGUCAAUUACCGAAGAGGAUGUUAACUUUACUAGACUUCAAAAGGAAUCGUCGUCUUCGUGGUCCGAGUCCACAUCUCAACAACAACAGCACAAACAUUUAACCACCAGUGUUGUACCACCGCCUCCACCUCCUCCUCCUCCACCACCACCGCAAUCAACAUCAAUUGUGACAAAAACCGAUGUGCCAAUUAAAGGUGUAACUUCAUCAUCGUCAUCUAAUUAUCAACAAUCAACUCGAACCUCGGGUUCAGCGGUAACUGGAUCUCGAGUUGAACAACAAUCGUCAAGAUCAAUGAUCGGCUUUUAUUCAGCCUCAAAUAUUAGAUCACAACAACAACACCAACAACAAUUUAAACAACACAAACGUUAAUUAUAAUUAGUUUUCAAUUAUCAAUAAAUUUUAUUUCUCAAUUGUCAUCAACAAUCAUCUCAAUCAUCUCAAUCAUCAUCAUCAUCAUCAACUUUUCCUAAUCAUAACAUUUUCUUCAUCAUUAAAGGACAACAAUUAACAUUAUUGCAAUGAUAUCAAGCCAGGAAUCAAAUUUGAUUUCGCACAAAAGGAUUGAUCAUUUUUCUCAUUGAUUGUCAUUGGACAAAUUAAAUUGUUACACUAACUUAAUUGUCGUUAUCACUUCGUGUCUUGAUAAUCAAACACCAUCAACAAUCAGCGAAGAAGAAGAAAUUAAAUUAAACUAACAUCAAACCGAUGGUCAAUUAAUCAAUUUGAUUCUCAUCUUGACAGAACAAUUAAUCUUAACGAUUAACUUAUUUUUCUUUCUCUCUUGUAACAAUCUAUUAUUAUCAUCGAAAGCAAUCAAAUUAAUCCUUUAAUUGCUUGUCUAUUAUUUAAUUAUUGUUAAGAUUUAAAGAUUAAAAAGUUAAUCUACCAAUUCGGAGAUAUAAUUUUAUCUAUUAAUCUUUAAAUCUUUCUAAUUGAGAUUAAUUGUCCUGUCAAUUUGUAAAUCGUGAUUAAUUUUAAUCAUCAACCCUUUCGUUUUUUUUUGUUUUAUCAAAA